AAUGGGAAUGGGAAUGUGAAUGUGAAUAUGAAUUUGAAACUACAUAAAUAAAGAGCAUGUUGGGUCAUUACUAGGCAAUAAGCAGGAAGCAGAGAAGAAUGAACAUAAUACAGAGGCUACCUACCUGAACUCAUAGGCGCAGGGGGUUAAUGCAGAAGAAGAAUGCCUCUUUUUUCCCAAGAAGCAAGCAGAAGUGAUUUGUCCCAAACUCCUUUUUCUAAUUCAUAGCUUUAUUUUGUCCUCAUUGUCACCCACACGACAUGUGCAAUCCAAUUUUGUCUGAGAAGGUGACUUGUCCCAAACUCCUCCUUUUCCUUUUUCAUCUUUUUCUUUGGCUUUGCCUUUCAGCCCUUGCCAACUUUUUCUUCUUCCUACCUUUAGCUCAUUGAUAUAGUUGCGCUGGUUCAUUAAAAGUCGACAAGGGUAAGUAAGAGCGAGCAAACAUGGCGGAGGGCGGCAAUUUGAAGUGUAUUCCGGUGAUCGAUAUGCAGGAAAUGGAAGAUAUAGAGCAGUAUAAGAAACUGAGAGAAGCAUCGGAAGAAUGGGGUUGUUUCAGGAUCGUCAACCACAAGAUCCCCGCAAGUCUGAUGUCAGAGAUGAAGAAAGUGGUGAAAGAACUGCUUGAUCUUCCCGUGGAAAUCAAAAAGCGCAACACCGAUGUGAUUGCUGGCAGCGGCUACGUGGCACCGAGCAAUUCCAAUCCUCUUUACGAGGCCUUGGGGCUCUAUGAUUUGGGCUCCCCUGCGGCCGUGCGAGCCUUUUGCUCUCAGUUGGAUGCCUCUCCUCAACAGAGGGAGAUAAUAGAGGCGUAUGCUGAAGCAAUACACAAGCUGGGCAUUGAUUUGGGGCGAAAGUUGGCGAAAAGUAUGGGGUUGGCGAGUGACCUGUUCAGGGGAUGGGCUUGCCAGUUUAGGAUAAACAACUAUAACUUCACCCCUGAAACUGUAGGAUCCUCUGGCGUACAAAUACACACAGAUUCAGGAUUUCUAACCAUACUUCAAGAUGAUGAAAGGGUUGGCGGGCUUGAAUUGAUGGACAAGUCUGGUGCAUUUGUAGCAGUUCAUCCUUGCGCAGGCACCCUCCUUGUCAACCUUGUGGAUGUUGCUAAGGCAUGGAGCACUGGAAGGUUUUGUAACGUGAAGCAUCGAGUGCAGUGCAAGGAAGCAAGCAUCCGAGUGUCAAUUGCUUCAUUUGUGUUAGGACCCAAGGAGGCAGCAGUUGAAGCUCCACCUCAACUCGUCGACUCUCAACACCCGCGUCUCUACGCCCCUUUUACGUAUGAAGAUUAUAGAAAACUCUAUAUUUCCUCCAAAUUUAAAGCUGGUGAAGCCCUCCAACAUGUGCGCACCCACUACUCCUGAUCAUCAACUUUACACCCAUCACUUAUGUAUAUGUGUGUGUAUUUUCAACCCCAUUAUAUCAGCUAGUAAUGUUGAACUGAUAUUCUUCAAAAUAUAAUCCAAAGAAUUUUAUGAUUCUGUUCAGGCUUGGGGGAGAA